AUGCUUUGCAGUGGUGUUGAAGAAGCUACGACGACGGCCGGUAGAAGUGAGGGUGGACCCGUAGAUGCCGAGGUUCGCUGCCGAACGACGCCGAACUUGGACGGUGAGCUUCGGUGUGCCGCCCUUGGCAUCCGGGGAAUCACGUCACGUGCUGUCGUGCCGGGCGAUCGCAGAUGGCAGAUGCCGAUAAGAAAUGGGGAAAGACCGAAUGAGUCGUCAUCCUUCCUCAUUCCACUGGGAAGCACCUGCCCUGACUCAUGUCACUUCCGUGCUGCGUCCAAGACACUGCAGCCAAAAGUCAAAAGUCCGAGUCCAACCACGGCCAUCACCAUCACCAUCACCAUUGUUGCAUACAAUGUCACCUCCUUGCGGGGUGGAUCGCCCCAAGUCACUGCCAUAGUCCGGGGACAUGCUCAACCCCGCCACUCGUUGCCCAUCAAGAAGCUGGAACAUGCAACCAAGGCAUCCUCCCCUACCCUCGCAUGGCAGAUGAUACCAACUCAAGACUGUCCCGAGUCUGAUGAGACAUGCCCGGGCGACCGACAAACCGCCUACGAGAUACAGGCGGCCGCCACUGCUGACGACCUACGGGCCGGCCGCUUCAUCUGGAAGAGUGGGAAGACUGAAGGCAACGAGCAAAAUGCGCGGUUUGGCAUCAGCCUCACCUCCCGCGAUACAGUCGCCUGGCGUGUCAAGGUCUGGGAUGCUCUUGGGCAACCCUCGGGCUGGUCAAGGCCGUCUACGUGGACCCUCGGCCUGCUCGAUCAAUUUGACUGGGGCCAAGCCCGUUGGAUCGACUAUCCUGACCGCAAUGGUAGCCAGCCACUGCCGCUCUUUGUUCGCCACUUCGACAUUUCCAGCGGCAAAGUCGUUGCUGAUGCCCGUCUGUACAUCUCAGGAGUUGGCAUGCACCACGCUACCGUCAAUGGCGAGGAUGCCACGGACGAGGUACUGGCCCCUGGCUACUCCAACUACCAACUCUCCAGUGAAUACCGCACCUACGAUGUCACCAACGCUCUAGGUCCGGCCCCAAUGCUGUCGGUGUCAGCUUGGGCAACGGACCGGCUUACGUUCGGUGCAAUUCAACUCAUGGGCAACGGCACUCUUUCUGCCAAUGUCACAACGGGAAGCAGCAAUGUUCGAUUGAGUUCUGUCGCUAGGUACAACAUUGGUGGUUCAAUCCAUAUUGAUACCAGCGACGGUGGUGACUGGCUUGAGUCGCGUGUCAUCACGGCCAUUGACAACGGCACCUCCGUCAUUUCUUUCACUCCCGCACUCGAGCAAUCGCACAAGGCGGGUGCCAAGGUUACCGGCUCGGGCAACAACAUCGCGGCGAGCGACCCCUCGGCCGGCGCUGCCGUCACACCGCGCUUCAUUGCUCGUUUGGAAAUCAUGUUUGACAAUGGGAGCUCCACCAUUAUUGUUACCGAUCGCUCCUGGCGCACAGCCCUCGGUCCCCUUGUUACCGACGCGUGGUACUCUGGUUCCGACUACGAUGCUCGUCGAGAACAACUUGGCUGGGACGAGCCAGGAACCGAUCUCAAGUCGUCAACUUGGACAUCGGCUGGCAUCGCACCUCCUCCCAACCUCGCCACCAAACUGGUUGCCCGUCCCCGCCGACACAAAUCAAGGAACAGGAACGCUUCAAACCCGGUUUCGGUCACCAACCCCGCCCCUGUGACCGGUCUACCUUCGGGCUUCGAGCCCGGCCCAGAGCUGGUCACCGGCAUUCGGCUGCAGGCCGAUGUUCCCAUUGCCGGUCCUUUCACCUCCUCCAAUGCUCGCCUUAGCCGCAUCAACAAAAUGGCCCACUCCUCUUUCGCCAGCAAUCUCAUGUCUGUCUUUACCGAUUGUCCCGGGCGCGAGAAGCUUUCGUACCCCGCUGAUUACACCAUGCCCAGUAGGGCCAUCUACCGCAAUUUCCAUGAUCACAUCGUCGACGCCGCCCUCGCCGACUGGGUCGAGAAUGGCGGCCGCACCUCGGGCCGUAUCACAGGGACGUGGGGUUACUACCACACGAUCCAGGCCAUGGCGCGCAUGGCGAAUCUGACAAACCACACUGAAGACGCCGUCCGCUACGCCAGCUUGGCCGUCGACAUGCGUGACGCCUUCAACAACUCCUUUUUCAACAACGCCACGGGGCGCUACACAAGUCGCGGCAACGACAGCACCGUCAACGCAGCCCAGGCCGCGCAAGCUCUGGCCCUCGACGCCGGCCUCGUGCCGUCCGAGCACCGCGAGACGGUCCUUGAAGCCCUCGUCGAGCUCGUAGAGUCCUACCCCUCCGCCGACGGCAAGGGUCCGCACCUGAGUGGCGGCACCAUCGGUCUCGGCCCCAUCGUCCGCGCCCUCUCCGCCGGCGGGCGUGACGACCGCUGGACGCGCAGUGACUCGAAGAAUCACAUGAUCCUCGCGCAGAUUGACGAGUGGUUCCACGCCGGCGUGGCAGGGAUCCAGGCCGGCUCCCUCGGGACCAUCAGCGCGACGUGGGCCGAUAAGCUCGUGUUUCAGCCGAAGCCUGUCGGAGACCUCACGAGCGCGGCGGGCACGUUCAGGACGAGGGCUGGCGAGGCGAGGAGCGAGUGGACGAGAGCCGGCGAUGCCUUUGCGCUGAGCGUGACCGUGCCGGCCAACACGGAGGCCGAGGUCAGGGUGGCUGGCGAGAAGGUACGCGCGUCGGGCAGGGCCACGUUUGUUGAGGAGGAGGAGGGGUACGUCGUCUAUACGGUGCCUUCUAGGAUGCACAAUUUCUCCAGCACACUAAAGGGGUAA